GAGUCAAAUGGCUGUCAACAGAAAGGAACAGGAAAAUGCUGCUUGGAUCCUGGAGGAAAUGAUUCUUCCUCACUCCGCAGGGAAAGUGACAUUUGCACAGAGUUAUUUGCAGAAGACGAGUUCCAGCCCUUGGACCCUACCCAGGAGCUCAUAUUUCCCCCAGAACUCUUGAGAAUGACAGAGAAGCCAGAAAAACAAACCCUGACCUUUUGUGGAGAGAGGGUUACCUGGAUUUCUCCUGGCACCCUCAAGGAUCUCCUGGAGCUGAAAGCCAAACAUCCUGAAGCCCCUCUCAUCUCGGGCAACACCUCAAUGGGUUAUAAUAUAGAUGCCAUAAAGCACAACUCAUUCCUAUGCCCUGAAAAAAAACUUGAACAAGGAAACGUUGAGGAGGCAUUUGAAAAAGCUGAUCAAAUUAUUGAAGGAGAGGUCCAUGUUGGAGGACAGGAACAUUUUUACAUGGAAACACAAAGUGUGCUUGUUAUUCCGAAGGCAGAGGACGAAGAACUGGACAUUUAUGUGUCAACACAGGAUCCAGCCCACGUGCAGAAAACAGUGUCCUUUACUUUAAACAUCCCCAUCAAUAGGAUCACCUGUCACGUCAAACGGGUGGGUGGAGGUUUUGGUGGGAAAAUAGGAAGACCAGCCGUAUUUGGAGCUAUUGCAGCUGUGGGCGCUAUCAAAACUGGUCAUCCCAUUCGUCUUGUUCUUGAUCGUGAAGAUGAUAUGCUAAUAACAGGGGGAAGGCACCCAUUAUUUGGAAAAUAUAAAGUGAGUAUUAAAGAUGAAAUUAUUAAAAUACCUCAUUUUAUAUGAGUGGUAACAGAAUUUCUCAUAUUAAAGCUAGAAAAUGCAUAUAAAAUCCGCCACCUCAGGUUCCGGGGCCGUGCAUGCAUGACAAAUCUACCAUCUAAUACAGCCUUUCGUGGAUUUGGCUUCCCACAAGGAACCCUGAUAACAGAAUCUUGCAUCACAGCUGUGGCAGCCAAAUGUGGCCUUCUGUCAGAAAAGAUUAGGGAGAAAAACAUGUACAAAAUAGUUGAUAAAACCAUCUACAAACAAGCGUUCAGCCCUGAGACCCUGAUCAGAUGUUGGAAUGAGUGUCUGGACAAGUCUUCCUUUCACAACAGGAGAAUGCAAGUGGAAGAGUUUAACAAGAAGAAUUACUGGAAGAAGAAAGGCAUGGCAAUCAUCCCCAUGAAGUUUUCAGUUGGUUUUGCUGCAACAAGCUAUCAUCAGGCAGCUGCUCUCGUUCAUAUCUACACAGAUGGCUCUGUACUGGUCACACAUGGAGGCAACGAACUGGGACAAGGUAUUCACACCAAAAUGCUGCAGGUGGCCAGCCGUGAAUUAAAAAUACCCAUGUCUUCUAUGCACAUCUGUGAAAAAAGUAUGGCCACGGUGCCCAACACCAUGGCUACCGCAGCUUCCAUUGGUUCGGAUGUCAAUGGCAGAGCCAGGCAGAACGCUUGUCAGAUCCUUCUGAAAUGCCUUGAGCCCAUCAUUAAGAAAAAUCCAGAAGGUACGUGGGAAGACUGGAAAAUCAGAACAGACAUCGUCAUGGAUACAUGUUGCAGCCUAAAUCCCGCCAUUGAUAUGGGCAGGUAGGUUGAAGUUUCCUUUAUUCAGGGAAUGGGCCUUUAUACCACUGAAGAGCUGAAAUAUUCCCCGGAAGGUGUUCUGUACUCUCGAGGCCCAGACAAGUACAAAAUUCCAACCAUCACUGAUGUCCCAGAGGAAUUCAAUGUCUCCCUGUUGCCAUCAUCACAAACCCCACCAACCAUCUAUUCAUCCAAGGGCCUGGGGGAGUCCGGGAUGUUCCUGGGCUCAUCUGUGUUCUUUGCCAUCACUGACGCGGUGGCCGCAGCAUGCAGGGAAAGAGACAUAGCUGAGGACUUCACAGUGAGGAGCCCAGCAACGCCAGAAUGGGUUCGAAUGGCCUGUGUAGAUCGGUUCACAGAGAUGACACCCACAGCAAAGGAUAACCAGAAGCCAGCCUUCAGUGGGGCCUCCCAAGGGAAGCAGAGAGGAGGAAGUCCUGACUCUUGGUUUAACAAAGAGGACCAGAAACACACGAAAUAUAGAUCCUGCUACUUCCUGUCACAGGACAGGGCAAUACUCCUCCAUCCGUAUUGUACCACAAAGCAGGGCCAGACAUCGUUCUGGGGGCUGGGAAGUCAGAGUGAAGGAAACAGAGAGCAGCCUCUCCAUUUGUGGAGCUUACUUUCUAGAAACCCGAAGUCCACCUUCCAUCUCUCUAGCCUGGGUCAAAGCAGCCUCUUCGCUGGCCUUCCUAUACCUAGUGCAGCUAGAAAGUUGUGGUGUGACAAAUAUGAUCAUGGCAUUCUAGCAUGUACAGAGCUCUCCUACCUGGUCUCUGGAAGUGAUGAUGAUAAAGAUGGCAACUACCCAUUGUCACUAGACCUUGAGACCAAUGAGAUUGGGCCAGAUAUAUCUCAGAAGCUGUUAAUUGGGCCAGAUAUAUCUCAGAAGCUGAGAGUUAAUGAAAAGCAGAAUUGGUCUGGACAGUCAUAG